AUGGAGAUCUACGGCAUGACUGGGGAGAAGUUAGGGACGAUCGGGCAAGUGGACAAAGGGAAGAAGGAUGCAAAUGCAGAUGUAGAUGCGGUCCAAGACGCCCACCUGCCGCAGUGGAAAAGAGACUUCCUGCAGAAACCGUCGAUAUCUACGCGGAGGGGCAUAGCCUGGGGCUACUCUCCUCCGUACGAAGACACAGACACCAUAGUCCUCACGUCGCCCAAGGCCGUCUUUGUCGACAUACGGUUCCCGCUGCGUCCGGCGCCAACGGAUCCGGUGGAACCAUUGAUUUCCGAUCCUGCCUUCUGGGCGUUCUCGGGCACGGCGAGCAGCACAUUCUAUGACCGGGAGGCGGAGACACAGACACAGACAGGAUAUCAGAAAGGUAGUGUUGACUUCUCGGCGGCUCCAGCUCCAUCCCUGUCUGUAGCCAUGCCGUAUACAGCACAUGCCGUGUUCCGGCAUGAGAUCGAUUCAAAGGGACCGGGGAUCAGCGAUGAAGGAGACAUGUUCCUGUUGCCCAAUGGCGACUGCGUCGAGGUCGGAAUGAUGCACAACCCGCGCACAAACCGGGUCGAGAUGUACAAGGAAUAUUGGACCGCACCACCGGCUGCACAGGACCAGGGCCAGGGCCAGGGCCAGGUUCCACGCACGCCAUGUGUAGUGGCGAAGACGCUAGAUCUGCCAGGUCGCGGAGCCGCAGCGGAGCAUGCUGGGAACGGAAAGGGAAAGGGGGGCGAAAUCGAAAGCGGAGCCCCAGUCGGCGCUGGCGUGGUCAUUCGCGUGGGGGACUAUUGUCAGGGCAUUGUGCAACGUGGUAAACAGACAGUGCUGGUUGAAAGGUGGCAGAAGACUCAGGUCCAGGGACAGAUCAGCAACAAUGGAGGGGCUAACGGUGGUGUGGGCAGAGACGGAGAUCGGGGUGAUGGCGUGGCAAUAGCAGCAGAAUGGACCAAAGACCGACGCAGCAAUACCUCGAACGAGGAUAUAUCCAUGCCCUGUCAAUGGCUUUGUGCAGACACCAGGACGCUCGGAGAUCAGAUCGUCAUACAUGGCGUUACUUGGUCGGUUGUGGAAGUGGUUGCCUGA